AUGGAGGGGGGGACUACGCAGUCCUGUGGGCGUGACCCACGGGACUUGUCCGAUAUAUCCGGCUGGUGGGGAGGGGGCCGUCGGCCGGUGGAUCUGCCCCAUCGUCGCAGUAUUAUCAUCGUCGAUAUGGAGGAGCUAGCGCAGUUCGUUUCAAAGAGCUUCGACGACGCGAACGUCAAUCGGGAGACGAUAAAGUGUCCGUCGAUCAACGGAAGUAUAAGUCUUAGUGUUGCUAAUCUGAUUGGAGGUGGUGACGAUAGCGUCAGGAUAAAGUGUAGGAUUUUUUAUGAUUAUUUUUGUUUCUCGAUUUCAAUAAAAUCAUUCGAAAUCAGAACUAAAUCUGACGGUCACAUGACGAGAGAUCACCGGGUCCCCACCCCAGGACUCUCAUCUCCACCGACGAGAGUUGGUUGGUCUCAUUCAUUCAUUCACUCAUCGUCGUCGUCGCUUCUGAUCUCCACGUCCGCAUCUAUGCACUUCAGCCACAUGCACUCCCUGCAGAAGCCAUUACCCACUGUCACGUGGGCUUGGAAAAAUCCAAACUGUCGGCUAGUUCAGAUCGCCGAAGGACACUUAGCAACCAUGACCGGCUCGAGCCACGAGUCACUGACCCAGACAUGGCUUCCGCGGGACCCUCGGGGCGGUGGUCCUCGGGCGUCCCCCGGAGAUCACCGGGUCCCCACCCCAGGACUCCCAUCUCCACCAACGAGACGUAUCGACAUCAAUUUUUACGUUACCCUUCUGCCUCCUGGUAUACCUCACCAAUAUUUUAUUUCACUUUCUCUAGAUGGCCAGACGUCACCUUCCGCGUGUUUGCCAGACGUCGCCAGGGACACGUCUGAACCGAGUUCUCCGGAGUCUCGCCUCCAGCCGGAGGAUCUUUCCACGAAAAUGCCAAAGGACUCAAAGGAAAAUAUGGAAGUGAUAAUUCCUUUGAAGCCAGAGCUGAAGUUGUCCGUCCGGAAGCUCCUCGGCUGCAGUCCCUCUCCCCCGCCAGUCAUUGACGACCACUCGCCGAGUCCAGCGGCCAACAAAGACGUCAAGCCCUCCCCCCAGGUGCACCCUGAGGCGAUAGUAGACGGAACGUGUUCGAAUGCUUCACAUGAAGAACCCGCCAAAAAUGCUACCAACUGUCGUGGAAAUGGUAAACAGAGAAGAUCGAGAACAAACUUCACCCUGGAGCAACUUGCCGAACUGGAAAGACUGUUUGAUGAGACUCAUUACCCUGACGCAUUCAUGAGGGAGGAGUUGAGUCAGCGAUUGGGAUUGAGCGAGGCUAGGGUACAAGUCUGGUUUCAGAAUCGAAGAGCCAAAUGUCGGAAGCACGAGAGCCAACUGCAUAAAGGCGUCACCACUGGCAUGGUCCUGGCCCCCCGGAGUCCACCAACGCCCCUGGACACCUGCAGAGUCGCCCCCUAUCUACCGACCCUUCGGCUUCAUCCACCACUGCAGACCUCCUCCAACCUCAACCCACCAUCAUCAGGACCCGGUUCAGCCUUCGACUCUGCAGUACUCCAUUACGCAGCAGCUGGUGGUCUCUUCUGUUUACCUGCCAACAGUCACUCCCAGGCGCAUCAGCUGAGUCUGGCGGCGUCACUAGCCGCCGCCGCAGCGAGAUCCAAAAAUAGUUCAAUUGCUGAUCUGAGGCUGAAGGCUAGAAGACACCAGGAAGCCCUUGGACUCGGUAGACCAUCAUAAAGGUCUGUUUAUGUAAUUGAUAAAGUGAACAUUUUGUGGGGAAUGAGAAUGGAAAUGAAGUCCCGGUGUUUGUUGGUUUGAUGGGGACAAUCGAAGAGGUUUGACUGAAGUUGAGGGGGAGUUCUGGGGGUUUGAGGGACCCCAGGGGUGUGGUAGUAUCUUACUCCGGGAGAGGUAUCGCGUAAAAAUGAAGAGAUGCAUAUGUGAAACUGUUGUA